CCGUGUCUGGGGGUCGCCGGUCACCCAUUUCAACAUGAAACUCGACUCGAUUGACGUCACCGGGCCAUCUUUGUCCACCUUAAUCCGACGGCUGUGUAUUACGCGUUCAUUACUGCACGGACCCUGACAGCGCCGGGCUCCAGUUCAGCCUGCAGGUGCCGCAUCGCCGUAGAAAUAGGAAGACAGGAAGAGGCAUUUUGUAGCGAACGGCGCACACAGCUCUGUGGCAGAGACAAGCCAGUGCUCCUCCGAGGCUAUAUAGGCAGGGAAACGGCACAAUAACCAACCAAAGGGAGCCAGAGGGUAGUGAGGAGCGCAGAAGGCAAUCCCCAUCCAUCUGCCAGCCACUUAGUCCGCGCUAACAUUUGCAGUCCGGAUUUCAGCACAGCUGUUCAGCCGAUAAAACCAGGAAAAUGUCUGCCCCAGCUGGAGCCCCUGCGCCAGAGGGAGGGAAUCAGCCCCCCAACCUCACCAGCAACCGUCGCCUGCAGCAGACGCAGGCACAAGUGGAUGAGGUGGUGGAUAUCAUGCGUGUAAACGUGGAUAAGGUUCUGGAGCGUGAUCAGAAGCUGUCAGAACUGGACGACAGGGCUGACGCCCUGCAGGCUGGAGCCUCUCAGUUUGAGACCAGCGCUGCAAAACUGAAGAAUAAAUACUGGUGGAAGAAUGCCAAGAUGAUGAUUAUCAUGGGUGUGAUAUGCGUGAUUAUCCUCAUCGUCAUUAUUGUGUACUUCAGCACCUAAGAAGAGUUGCUCCUACCCCAGUCUAAUCCUUCCUUGCUACAGAAGAAAACCCCUUAAAUGAAUAACAAAAUUAACCAUGGUAAUCCAUUUAUUAUAUAUAUAUAUAUCCCGAUUAGCUUCGAUAUAUAUUCAUCCUAAACCUUCAGGGCGCCAUGGCUCCCCCACUUCCACCACCUCGCCUCCGGACCCCCGUCGAUAUUUGUCCUGUGAGUGUGUGGCCCUCUCUCCUUUCUGGGUACUCUUGGCUUUUCUAACCUGCCAUACUGAGAACCAAACACUUGUGACGAUGCAACAACAGAAAAGGAAGCAAUGAUUGGCGAUAAUUGUUACAUAACUGAUAUAUAGUUCUUUGUAGAGUUUUAUUCUGAUAUAUACUGUUUUGUAGGUGUGUGUGUAUGUGUGUGUGUGUGUGUGUGUGUGCGUGUGUGUGUGUGCAUUUUGUAUUUUUUAAUUUUUUGUAUUAAUUUUACGUAUGCUUCAGCGUUAACUACUGCCUAUUAAUCAAAGUGUGUAUCCUGCAUGUUAUCAUCAUUGGUCUGUCCCCGUGCUUACCCCCUCUUUUCGAUGGUUUUUUAAUAAGUGGAUUUAGUCUCCAUUUCACUAUGGAAACACUUUUUAAGUUACAUCUGUUAAUCGACUAAGAAAGUCCAAAAUAAGCCACAGAACUAAAUCUUGUUCUAAAAGGAUAACAUAAAAUUACAAAAAUUGGAGCCAGUGCACAGUCACAAUUUCCCCUGAGAAUGCCGCAGGUUCAUCUUACCUCAGCUCCAAAUUUCUGUAACUUGAUGCCAUCGAGGAUUUCGAGAAGUGUUAGCUUCUUUGGUGACUUUCUGAAAGGGUUAAUGCUCACUCAUAAUUGAUCAAACGUACAAAUAAUGCAUGAAUUGUUAAACUAAUUCCUAUUAAUCAUGAACUUACAGCCCUCUUUAUCUGAUCCUCCCAGUGUCUCAUUUCUCUUGCUCCGUUUCACUCUAAUAACUUUCAUUUUUAACUCCCCAACACUUCUGUCCGUCAGCAUGCUUGAACACCUCAAUUUCUUCUGAUUAUUUCUAAAACUGCCAUAGUACAGUCGGACCAAUGUCUGUAGAUGUUUCUCUUUCAUUUAUAUAUUACGUAGUGUCUUAUUUCGAAAACAUUCCUUCAUUGCAAUUUAGUGCAAAUGGUCUUACCGUAGCACAAGUAAGUGUAAGUAUCUUUAAAGAAAAAAAUACACAGUGAUGAAACUUUUGUUGAAAACGUCGGUCAUAGAAACCAUAGGAAAGAAAAUUGUGAAUAGCUAUGAGGGUACAUUUUGGAUAGAUAGGAAUAGACUUUCAAUCUGUCCAAAUUAUUUUCUUUUGUAAUAUGAGUGAUGUUUUCUUAACAUUACAUGUAGGCUACAGUAUACUGUGGAGAAGUCAUUAAUGUCAAACUGUGGAUAUGGGCUUAAAAAACAAUUCUAAUGCAUAAAAUGGGGCUGUUGCCUAAAUUGAUUAAUUCCCAUAAAGCAAAGGUUAAUUCUUACUGGCCUGUUACCUGCAUGGACACUGAAAAGGCACUUCUAUUGGUUACCAUAGAAUAUUUCCAGUCAAACCUACCUUCCAACUUUUAGUCCGUGCGGGGGGGAGUGGUCGACUGAAGAAAGGAAAUCUGUUUGAAAUGCACAAAAAAAAUCUUGUUUUUGAUGGCGCUGUCUGGCUGGUCAGUAGCCAAAGGCGAUCCUCAUGCAGCAAAACCUCUCCACACAAAGAGCACAUAAAGAUAACAGAUAAUUCAGCCUUAUUUGAAAAUCCAGGAACAGGCACAGUUGGUCAGCAACUUUGGGGUAGGCUCAGAAACGUUCUGUCAAUGGUUAGCGAUAUGCAGCGCGAGAAGCAAUUAUUAAAAAAAAAUAGUGGCACUCCUAAAAAGAUUGUCUUUGCCAGCGCGGUGGUCUGUCUCAGUGUGUCUCCCUAUAGUUAAGGCCUUUUUUCUUUUUUAAAUAUAAUAGAUUCUAUUUUUAUUAUAGUAUAUUUUUGUGUGAUACAGACAGGUAAAGAGGAAGUGUGCAAUCAGUACCAUUUGCUGCCAACAGCAUUGAACUCCUCUUUAUCUCAGUCUGGUGUGUUUUUUGUAAUUCAGCUCCGUGCGUUAUACACUGCCAAGCAACAAGGAGGAGGCCUCUAUUCUUAUUGCGGAUUUCUUUCAUUGGUGCCCAAGCUGGUUUGGUCUUAAAACAUUAUUUUACAUGUUUCUGGCAUCUUCUCCUGUGUGUACUACUUUUGGCUACUUUAUGAGCAGGAGAGCAGGGCAAUACGGUGCACUUUGUUUUUUAGUGCUCAGUCAAACUAAGGCCUUCUACACAUGAACACAAGAUGACUUAAACUUAAAAUGAAGAUUCCUCGGUUUGAAACUAUUUCACUUUCACCUAUGGAAUAUUCUUUUUUACAGUGUUUGCUUGUGCGAGCCUGCAAUGCUGAACAGGAAGCAACUUAACUCGACUCAACUAAACUAAAAUAUAUCAAAUGUUCUUAUGGUAGACAGGAGAGAAAAAAAAACACAACAUAUGAAAACAAGUGUGUGUAAAGCCUUAGUAGCCUUGUCUCUUUUCAACAUGACUUUUUAUCUUACCCACCAGCUGAGUAAACCGACUUGCCCCCCUUUGCUCAACUCACUGAUUCAGAAUCCUACAGUGUGUGUGUGUGUGUGUUAUUGUGUCUCUGUGUCAACGCAGGUGCAUCAAUGUGUGUGUGUGUGUGUGUGUGUGAGUGUGUGUGUAUGUGUUAGAAUAGCUCUGUCUUGGGAAUAUCCCCAGUUUAUCCUGACAGAUUAGGCCGCUUAAAUCCCAGAGUGAGGACACGUUGUUUCCUUGACCACUGAAGUACACAAGCAGACAGGUUACAGAUCUACCGGCGAGUUAUUAUAAGGAAGGACCCUAACCGUAACAACCCCCUCCUCCUCCUCCCCUUCCCAGGUUUUCUUCCAAAUAGAGUGAAACUUAACUGCAGAAGAUUACCAAAGACCAGAUUUCCAUGCUUACGCUGCCAAUUGCCAUCAAAAACAAGUGGAGAGAAACAGGUUAUCCAAACUAUCCCAAUAAUUUUAAAUACUGUUACCCUAUUUAUCCACAGAUGACAGGACGUUUUAACUAUUGCACACUAUUCAUAUGGUGUGUCACUUUGGCCUGUGAGUGUUUAAACAUAUGCAAGUUAAUCCCAAAACAUUUCAAAUAUCAAAUACAGCCUGCCCCACCAGGCACAUCUAGGUCCAAAGGGCCUCUUUGAUCUGAAGACACAUGAUCCUAUUACUAAUGAUAGCACAACUCUUCAUUUUUGUCUCCAUAGUGCUGCCAAGUUCUAAAGUUAAAAUACAUAUUAACUUACUAUAUGCUGUCAAAAAGAACCUAGAAAAACAGGAUAAAUCUGCGUUGUUUGGUGUCGUAAUAUGGAGGUGUUUUGGGGGUUUAGGGGGUCCUAUAUCCUCAGGUUUAAGGUAUUAGCAAUUUACCAAAAUAUCUAUAUAUAUAUGAGGACAAAGCUAUAUAAGCAAAUUAUAAAAUUGUUUUUUUGGCAAUAGAAAAUCAUUUUAGGGUUACCAACGGGGUCAUUUGAGCCGUUCUUUAGGAGUUAAACCACACAGUGGGCUGAAGUGAAAUAACACAACUGAUUGGGGUAGGACUUCUGUGUUAUCCAUAAAUCUGUGAUGCAUCCGUCGUGAGUGCUCAACCAAUUUGCUCACAACGGGGAAAAUGAAGUAAGAGCUCUCUUUUUUUCUGUUGCUUUACUGUCUGUUUGAAAAGACAUGCAGGUAUAUUUUACCACCGUGGCAAUUUUUCUGGUGUGAUUCAUUCAUUUUGGUAGGAUGGGAACGUGAUUCGGUGGAGAAUAUUGUGAAUUAUGUCAACCUCAAGAAUUGUUCAGCGAUCUCAACUUAAUUGCUGUGUUCAGUUCAUUUGGGGGGGAUCCAAACUGUAAGUUUCCAUCCCAGAAAAUGUAUUCAGACCCUCUUCCAGGUUUGAAAUAUAACUUGUGAACUUGUGAUUCAAACUUGGAAGAAGAAAAGCAAAAAGUAAGACCCCAAUAGAAGAUCCAAUGUAUGUCAUGUAACAUGUACAGAUCAGAAAGCGUCUACCGUCAUCCCCAAAAGAAAUGAAUGCAGCAAUAGGAGGGAACCUUUUGAGUCUCUGAAUGUGCGAUGGAUGAUUAUAAUAUAAUACAAUAUUCUACUUAAUGUGUGUUUUAUUUUUUCGGAACAAACAUUGUGUGUUUCUUUUGCAUCAAUUUAGUAAUAACUCCAGAUGUCACUGAAUUGUUUGUAUGUUAACACUGAUGGGUAAAGGUAAAGAAAAUGGAAGGUUAAUGGAAAACCUUCAACCUUCAAUGCUUAGAAUGAUUCUACAGUUUACAUCAGAUUGCCGUUUGUAUCUACAAGAUGUAUUUUUUGUUUAAAUCUGUUUAUUUUUGAGGAAAGAUUUUGAUUUCUCUUUGGGAAUAGGGUUUCAGGGAUAGAGGCCCAUAUUGCCCCUGGUCAUCUGGUCCAACAGGAGGGACAGGACCGGAGUAUCACGGGCAAUGUGCUCAGUUUCAUCUUACUUUUUUUUUUUUUUUCUUUGGUCUUAUUUAUUGAUAGAUUUAUUGUGCUGUCGUUUGGUAUGGGAUAGAAGAGGGUUGACUCAAUGUUAAGAAAAAGAGACUGAAUGAAAAAAUGAAGUACAUAAAAUAAUUGUAGUGUAAAUCUAUCAAUGUCUUAUUAUAUUGAUGAACAUCAUGAAAUAUAUGUAUAUUGGAAAAACAGUA